AUGCCCCCCCGGCUUCUACAGGUCUCCCGCCCACCCCUGCUUACACUCGCACUCGCACCUGCCCUGCUGGCCCAAACCCUGCAGACACUUGCACUGGCACACAAGAUAGCACGUGUACGAGUCACUCCUUCCGUGGCGGACUGCCAAUGCCAUUUAAAUGCUGCGUGCUUGCUUAAACCAAUCUCUCCUCAUGCACCACUUGCAAUGUUUUCCCCUCCUGCCUACUGCCCUGCUUCCACUCUUACCUCCCCUCCUCCAUGCCUUCCCCCCUCCCUGCCCCCCAUCCUUCCGUCCACCCUUUGCCCCAUUCUCCUCCCCUCCUCUCCUUUCCGCCUCCUACCCUCAUCCCCUCAUUCCCUUGUUCCCUUCCCCCCUCUCCCCGCCUCACUCCACAUCCCCCCACGUGUCCCUGUGCAUGUGAGCAGUGCGGAGGGCGCGGGUGCAUAUGCAUACCUCUCCCACCUCUCUCUCAUGACGCACUCUCAUCUCAUACCUCUCCCUCGUGCCACCACUGUGUUCUUCCCCUUCCCCCCCUCCCAUCGCGGUUCAGCAUGCAGUGUGAGCGAUUCCACCAUCACAUACACGCCAUGCCAGCUCGCCUCCAAGAAGCGCAUCAUGAAGUGGCAGUGGAUCCAGCCUCAGAUCUGUGACCCCUCCAACAUCACUCCAGCCCUUGACUGCGAGCCGUGCCCUGAUGGCCAGCAGGCAGAGCCCGACCCGCACUCAGGGGAGAUCCACUGCACGCUCUGCCCUCCCAGCACAGCACGGCAGGCGAGCUAUGAGGGGGGGGCUGGCAGUGCCAGCAGCAUACUGGAGGGGCGGUGUGAGGCGUGCAGCGCAGGGCAGGUGGCGAUGAAGGCCCUGUCGCUGAGGCACUUCACCAUGCAGCCCAACGGCGCCCUGCCCCCCAACUUCACCACUGGUUGCCAUGGUGACUGUGGCACCUUCGGCUGGAGGGCCUUUCAGGACCACCUUGACUCGGGCAGUGGCCACGGCCCCACCGCCUCUAUAUGGCUGGCGUUGGAGGUGCACAUGGCAGUACGCGGGUACAUGACCUUCAACUACUCCGUUGACAUCCUCCCUGGGGACCCCGGCCGCGCCUUCUUCUUCUUUAUCGACCAUGACCUCAUGGACUAUGUGGAGGUGACGUCAUGGACUAUGUGGAGAGGUGUGAAGGUGCAUGCAUUGCACACAUUGCCAUGCAUGCAUUGCUGCACGGUGUUGGGAGCAAGCAAGGCGUGCCUAUGGUCCCCCUCAUACUCCUCCCACCUUCCCACUGCCCCUUCCCUCUGGCAGCAACAACGCGUGGAGUGGGAGGAGGGCGGGGAGGGGAGCGGGCAUCCGGGGUCAGGGGAGGAGGAGACGCGCAUGAGUGGCAUGUGGGAGCUGGAUGUGGGGCGCCACUCGGUGAUGUGGGUGUGGCAGAAACUGGAUGACUCGGGCGCUGCUACCAGGACCACGCGCGACUCUGCUGUCAUCUAUGACAUCUAUAUAGAGGGAGUGGCGGAGGGCGGUGCAGCGCGGUGUGAGGAGGUACCGCAGGGGACAGCGCUAGCAGAGGGGGGCGACUCGUACGUACCGUGUCCCCCCGGCACGUCCAGUGAGGGCGGUGCGUCCUCCUGCCUGCCGUGCCCGCCCAACACCUUCAACAACCAGCCCCAGGGGGCGCAGUGGGCGUGCAUGCCGUGUGGAGCGGGCACAUCCUCCCUGGCGGGCAGCACGGAGUGCUUCAUCGGAGACGCCACUCGCCCCGCCUCCUUCUGCACCUUCUCCCUCCCCACCGACUCCAUCCCUCGUAACCCAUUCCUCGGCCACGACGGCGCAGAGGAGCAGGCGGGGCAGGAGGGGAAACGUGUGGAGGUGGGGGAAGGGGGGACGGACGGGGGGGAGGGGGAGAGCGGGUUGGAAGGGGAAGCAGGGAAGGGGGGGGCAUUGCCCCCUGGUGGCACGGUGGCUGCUGUGGCAGGCAAUGGGACGGCGGCAGCGGUGGUGUUUGACCUCUCCCCCCUGUCCCGCAUGCACCCCGGCCGCAUGUUUGGUCCCGUGCUCGAUGCUGCUGCUGCUCAUGACACUGAUGGUGCUGCUGCUGGGGGGGAAGAUGUUGCAGAGGGAGGGGCGGUAGGGGGCCGUGGGCAGGGAGGGAGGGGGAGCAUCAGGGCAAGGGGAGCAGCGGAGUAUUUCGUGAGUGUGUGCGAUAGGGACAGCGGCAACGACACAUGCUAUGAUUACUCGGGGCGGUCCCUUAACACCUACGCGUGCAAGGUGCAGUGCCGUGCUCCUGGGCAGCGUGGUGGCGGUGUGGAUCCACGGGAGGCCAGAAGCGGAGCACGGCCGGGGCACAGUCUAGGCAGCGCGGUGGCGGUGUACCCGCUGGCAGCCGUGCAUGCGGGGCUGUACCGGCGGGGCCUGGUGAUGGCGCUCACAGGGGACGAGUGCCCUCAGACCAACAUGCCGCGAGAGACCAACCUCACCUUCAUCUGUGACCCCGCUGCUGGCCACGGGCAGCCAGAGGCAUGGACGGAGGAUGGGCAGGCAGCAGCGCUGAACCCGGUGCUGGAGUACCCGCAGUACAGCCAACGGGGGGGAGCGGUGCAGCGCAUAGAGCACAGCGACUGCUCCUUCAGCCUCGUGUGGUACUCGCUGUUUGCGUGCCCGCUGUGCUCCCAUGAGGACUAUGAGCGCGUGGAGACGGCUGAGUGCAUGGACGAGACAAGGGCCACCUUCAAGUGGAAAUCGCCUCGGGUGUGCCAGCUGAACCCGUUCAACCCGCUACCCCCAGACGAGCCCUGUGAGCCGUGCAAGCCAGACGACAUCAUCCGCACCCAGGGGGGCUGCGCUGACGCCAACGGCAACCACAACGUCACGUACUCGUGGCGCCAGCCGCACCACUGCAGCCCCACCCUCCCCGGCGCUGCCUCCCUGCCGGCACCGGAGCUGGUGGGGCCGUGUGAGCAGCGGUGGGUGUACGUGCCUUCGGAUGCGCUGUCUCCCAUGUGGAUUGCGCUGUUUGUGGGCCUGGCCAUGCUCAUUGUGAGCUUUGGAUAUCUCUCGCUUGUCACGUGGCUCCGCAGCCGUCGAUUGCGGCAGAUGUAUCAACGGCUGGUGGAGGCCGAGGUGCAGAUGGAGGGGGAUAUGGGUGAUUUGCAUGCGGAUGGGGAUGGGGAUGGGGAUGGGGGUGCCGAGGACAUUCGACUCACUAGUGACGACUCAUAG